UCACUGUUAGAGUACUUGUUGGCAAAAGGAUGUCAUGAAGCAGGUGACAUGGAGAUCAGCACGCUCCUCCUUUAACACUACGUAGAGUGCAACCUCAAUGCACUUGGUGGCUACCAAGUGCUGCAAUGAGGCUGUUUGACACCUUGAGAGAGGCGUGUUUGCCUGUCCUCCUUCACAAGCAGAAUCUGUCUCGACACCACCAUCGUAUUCACGGCGGAUGUGCGCUUUUAAAAAUGGAUCAACAGUGGAUUUGCAUCCUGGCGAUGCUCUUAUUUAAUAACAAGUUAACUGCAGGCAGCAAGCACAUGUGCAAAGAAGGGCAGAAGGUUGAAAUUCAUUGCAAGCCUUCUGAGGUGGGCUCUAUGAUCAUGUGGUUUCGAGCGCUGGACAAUUCUGGCAUGGAGUUCCUGGCAUCUUUCUCUAACAAUGGCAUGCAGAAGUCACAUAGUGACUCAUUCUCAUCCACAUUUAACGAUCUAAAAAUCCGUGAUGAUAUCCUCGUGCUUCAGGCCUUUACGAAAGCUCGUGACAGUGGUGUUUACGGGUGUGCAACUCUAAAAAACAACGAACUGAAAUUUGGAAAGGUCACCCGAUUGACUGGAGAUAAAGUUGAAGCUUUGCCAAAAGUGACGGUGAGGCCUGUCAAGCUCAAUCCAUCCACAACCACUUUGCCCUGUGUUUGUGAGAUUUCUACGCAAGAUGGCUCCAUGUUGUGUAACCCCAUCAUACUGAUUCCACUGGCAGGCAGUUGUGGCCUUCUUCUGCUACUUAUCGCCAUCAUUGUAGUGUACUGCAAUCGCGUGAGGACACGCAGGUGCCCGCAUCAUUACAAGAGAAAACUGCGGAACAAAGUGCCUCUUGGAAAACAACAGCAGCAACAAAAAUGAUCAUUGUACACUUUUAGAUUCUAUUGUGUUGACAUAUCUUUCCAAACUGUAAGUAGAUGCAUAAAAAGAUUUUUAAAAUAGCAGCUUCCUUUUUACAACUCCCCUCAGUUUGUCAGUUUUAUUGGUAAUGAAUUCUACUUUAACAAAACAAAAAAAAAACAACAACCACAAAACAGAAUUUAUACCAUACUUUGUUAAAAAAUUGAAAAAUAGAAAUAGUUUAUGUGUAUUAAUGAUUGAGUGUUGAGCAUUUACAGCGAAAGAAUAUUUUAUAGCUGCAGGGUUGUUACGUAUCCGGAUAACUGUAGUGGACUUUUUAAUAUGGAUUCAAAACAACUGUGUAUUCCUCCAAUUGUAAAAAAUUGCAUAAAAUAUAGCACUGUUUACCUUUUUACAUUAGGAAUGUAACAUUUUAGAUGACUGCUUUCUGUAACGUUUUUACAAAAAAGUACUCAGUCAGGGUGUCCCCAAAAAUGUUGCAGUUGGUAACCUAAUUGUCUAUGGAUUUUUUUUUUUUUUGUAGAUAAAACACACUGAAUCAAUGAUGGCAAGAGCCAGACUAAACUUUGAAGAAAAGAAAAAAAAUUCUCAAAUGCUACUGGAAGUAUGAAAAUGCAGUUCAAGUGUGUGUGUUUAGUUAUUAGCUGCAAAAGGGUGUAUACAUUUUUUUGGGACACCCUGUAUAUAUUUCUACCCCACACCCCCGUGAAAUGUAUGUAAUUUGUAGUAAAUCUAAUCACACCAUACUUUUGAUUUAUUAAAUUUAAGAAAUGUCUCAUAUUUUAAAUAAAUGAGCACUUAGACCUUACAAGUUCAAUAAAGCAUUUGUGUUGAUGUUGCCGUUUCAAACACAAUAAAGCCACUUAUUCACACAAUAUGGGCACAAUAUUUUUUAAUAUUCCUAAAUUUGGGAGGCAAAGUAAUAUGAAAAAUCAAAGACAAAUUAGACAUUUUAAUUUCAAUGAAUUGUUUGUCUUUAUUUAUGCUCAUUGUUUUGUCACUUUAUGAUUUCAACUCAUUUGCAUCACCAUCAGUCAUUCGGGAUCUUGACUAAAAUAUUUAAAACAUUUAAUGCGUUUAGCAAAAUAUAUGUCUUGUUUUUAAGACCCCCGAAGUGAACAGGAAGUGUGCUGCUAUACCCUUUUGCAGAGUGUACAAACCACAGAGUCAGGAGUUUUUGUUUCUUUUCAGUUUUGGCACACACACAGUUCCCUUACACCUUAAGGAAAAAUUCUUUUCAGAUGUUCUUAACAGUAUUUAGCUUUUUAGGCACAAAUUAUGUUGAAAAUACACAUAUACUGGUUAUCAGACUAAUUAGGUUUAAUUAGUAUUCCCAUAUCUAAAAUAUCGCACGUCUGUCUCUCAAUGCACAUCCAAACAAACCACAGAGCAAGAAAAUACAUCUUUGAUUUUACUUAACAUAUCAAAGCCCUUUGUAAGUCAUACAGUGUUUUCUUAGAGUAAAAUCAUAUAUAUAUUUUUUUAUUUUCAUUUUGUUUGUUUUUUUCUUUUUUUACAGUUUGUUGUAAACACCACCAUGGUUUACGAAGUGCAAUUGUGGACACCAGUACUUUUUACAAAAAUAUAUACCAAAGACCCCAUCAAUGUUUCUCUAAAUGGCAUUUGCAAAGAAUUAAGCCUCCUGAAAAGCUCUGCAUAUUUGUAAGUAAAAAUGAAAGUAAUCAAAGCUGUACACUAGCGUCUUAAUGGCACUUGAGGAUAUAAAGAAACAAUUUCCAUUUGCAUAAAGCAUUGCACAACAUCUUAAUACUAUACACUCACUCCAUGCAGCUUGUGUAAGCCAAAAAGUCGACAGGCUCACACGGAUGUCGAUAGCGGCACAGGAGAACUAAAACAUGACAUGGACGACACCCUUCUUAUUUAUCCACAUUGACCAGCAAAAUCUAUUUUCCCAGCAUCUCUUGCCACACAGAAAACAAAACCAAAAGCUCGUUGACUAAUUUGAAACCAAGCAAGAAAGGCAUGGUUGUAUGUUAGAGUAUGUGUGCGUGUCUAGGUUGCUGUUCAACUAGUGUACAACCUUGAUAGAAUAAAGUAUAAUCUCAAUGCCGAGAUGCAGAAAGUAGGGUCCCCACUGGAGCGUCUUCAAAGGCAUCUUGAGGUCAAACUGCACCAGCAACCUGUAUCACAAACAUUUCAUUAUUCUUUUUUGUAAUGGUUGUACAAAAAUAAAAAUGCUUUCAAAAUAACUGAAAGAUUAUUUUCAUUAAAUAAAAAAAAAAAUCCUCUGAUAAACAUCUAACUGAAUGUUUGGCAAAGAAAUAGUUUGUCAAAUUCUUGUUCACUUGUUACUGGCAGCCCUUAAAAAUUUUGUCUUAGUCUUUUGGAUGAAAAUAAUUAGUCUUAGUCAUAUUUUAGUAAUUUCAAAUUGUGUUCUUCUUCGUUUAGUUUUCAUUGACGAAAAUGCAGACUAAAUUCGUUUAGUUUUAGUCGACAAUUACUCCAAAUGUUUUAGUCCAAAAAGAAAUGAAUGAAUAAAGCUUUCCAACAAUUUCGAAUAGAGAUGUCCCGAUCACGUCAUUUUCAAAGUAUCGGAAUCGGCAAAAAAAUAUCGGACAUGCCUUUUUUUUUAAUAUAUAUAUAUUUUUUGAUUAAAUCGUUUUCUAAUUGUAUUUAACGUUACAGACAUAAUAUGUUACACUCAUCCAGAGUCUUUAGUUUAGGCUUAAGGUAGGGUUAUCAAAUUUAUCCCGAUAACUGCGGUAAUUAAUUUUUU